CUCCCGCAUAGUGCCCACACUAAGCUCUCACUCACACAGCAAGUUCGUAUUCGCGGCGUCACAUGCGACCAAAUUCGAGAGAAGUCCAAUAUUCCUCCAUCAACAGUUCAGAGCGAAGUGGUCGCACUCGCGAGCUCGAUCGAAGUCGAGAACACAGCGGUGACACUGAUGAGCGAUGAUGUUGCACUGCCGCUGAUGGCCGAGGUGGUAGCGGUGGGAAGGAACACCAGACAAGUGGUGAAGACAACGGGCUCGUUCCCGAGUACUGCUGACUGCACAUGGGUUAGAAGAGUGGAGAAUUUGCGCGCGAAAGAGACGCACGGUAGACCAAGUGGAGCUACUAGAGAUCGCGGUGGUCGGAGACGCAGUCACACUGACAAUCGGCGCAGUGACCAGCGAAGCGGUCUGUGCAAAGAUAGAUGAGAAUCAGGAGGGGAUUCCGGUGAGGAGGUGACUUAGCACUGACAAUUUCAUGCCCGGUGACCGUGGUGGUGGGAGCGGGGAGG